AUGUUUCCCGCGUCGUCCAUCCAUGGCGGCGCGGCCCGAGCCUCGGGAUCUUCGCCGUCGUUAAGUGCGUCCGUUAGUGGCGGCGAUGGCGACUCGGACGUGCUGGAUCACCGGCAACUGCUGGGGCUGCUGCAGGUCGAGCGCAGGGAUGCGUGGGGGGAUGUGCGGGGGGAUUCCGGGGGAGCGGGGCCGUGGAGGCUGGUGCCAAUCGCCAAGGAGCUGACCCUAGACGCGGGCCAUUUCAUAGCAGUGCGCGCCAUUCAGGAGUUGAGGGAGCGAAACAGGAGUUCUGGGGGGGAUCGGCCGCUGCUGGUGGGGAUUGGGGGACCGUCUGGGUCUGGCAAGUCAAGUCUGGCGCAUCGCAUCGCGAGCAUGCUGGAAGGAACGGUGAUAGAGCAAGUGAACUACAUGGAUGCCGCGAGGGGGACGGGCGAUAUGCAUGAUGUGGAUGCCCUUGACAUGGCACUGUUGCACCGCCACAUGCAGGACCUGCUAGCAGGGCGGCCCAUCGAGAUGCCUCUCUUUGACUCGGUUGACCGCCGCCGCUCAGGGUUCCGCCUCAUCACGCCAUCUCCUUCCGCUGUGAUCCUUCUCAAGGGCGUGUAUGCACUGCACUCGCGCCUGCGCCCAUUGCUGGACCUCGGGAUUGCCGUGGUGGGGGGCGUGCACUACACGCUGCUGCAGAGGGUCAAGUCUGACGUGGCACAGAGCGGCCUCCAGCUGUCACUCGCCUCCGUCAUGCACUCGGUCUUCCCGGCGUUCCCGCUCCACAUCGAGCCCACGCUCGCGCAUGCAGAGAUCCGCAUCAGCAACAGCUUUGUGGCCGACUCCCUCCGCCACCCCUUCUACAUUCUCAAAUCCGACCAAACGGUGGCAGAGGACAGGGUGAAACAGGUGCUGGGUUCGACCCGCACCACACGCAACGAGUACCGCUAUGUGGAUGUGUAUUUGUCUCCGCCUCACAACCCCACGCGCACCAAGGAGUGGAUUCGAGUGCGGCAGUGCGGCAUCCGCUAUUUCCUCUCCGUGGGAGACCAACGUGUGGUCGACCGCAGCUUCAUCAUCCGCCCGCGGGCCGAGUUUGAGGUACCAUCCACCACUCUCCCCGGUCUCAUUCAGUGCUCCUACGCAGUGGCAGUCAGCUUCUCUCGAGACUCUGUGGUGCUCUCUAACGGCGACCUCUCAGUGUGCAUUGAUACCAUUCACCUGGGCGAGGGGCACAGCCGCACGUACACUCAAAUCAAGGGACCAGACAGGCAGAUGGUGCUCACAGCAGCAGCCGCACUGCGAUUGGAGGGACCGUGGGUCACGGACGCUUAUGUUGACAUCGUUAUGCGCCAUGUUGGCGCACCUCGACUGCCCACCCCGCCCCUCUCCUCCUCCUGGGUUCGCUUCGAGUCCGACCAGCUAGAGUCCCUCACCUCCUCUCCCUCCUCCUCCUCCUUCCUCUCCAUCCCCUCCUCCCAACCUCCCCUCUCCACCACACCCGAACCCACCCAAUCUCAACCGACCCCUCCUCCUUUUCCUUCUCAAUCCCCUCCUCUAUCCCACUCUGACAUUCCUUCACCUCCAUACCAAUCCCAACUCCCCUCCACCGCAUCACCACCUCCACCCCAGUCCCGUUUCCCCUCCACCGUCUCACCACCUCCCUCCCAGUCCCCUCUCCCUGCACGCAUCUCCGCAGCCCUCUCGGCUGCCUCUGCCCCUCUCCCUGUGCGCCCACGAGCCAUCAACGUCGGCUCGCCAGGCUCAUCCCGGGGAGGUAGACCUGCCGUUGGUGGUGGUGCUGGUAGCAGCGGUAUCAGUGGUGGGGAGGAGGGAGGGGUGGAGGAGAGAGGUCUGGAAGGGGAAGGGGUGCAGAGGGGAUUGGUGGAGGAGCACGGGGUGGUGGAAGAGCAGGAGCCGUGGACCCGGUCGCCCACUCGGGCGAGUGAAGCAGCAGCCAUGGCUGCCCCGGCAUCAUGGGGUCUCACAGGGCUGGCGGACUCGGUAGGUCUCAUGCACACGCAGAUCAUCCAGCAAGCCAUGGCUGGCGGUGAAGCUGAAGCUGAAGCUGAAGCUGAAGCCCCUUCAAGUGCCGCUGCUGCUAGCGCAACUGCUGCGCAAGAGGGGAUGGGGGUAGCAGGUGACGAGGGUGUGUAUCAAUCGACCUCCACGCUUGCAACGUCCCCUCUCGCGCCGAGGGAGCUUCUACCUGCUGCUGCUGGUGGUAGCGACAGGCAGCAGCAGCAGACAAGCCAGCAGCAGAGAAUCCAGCUAGGACUGGGCAGUCAAGAGCGUGGCGGUAACCAACAGGGCACAGAGCAGCAGCAGACGGUGGUGCAGAGAGCACAGGAGGGAGGAGGAAUGGCAGAGGAAGGGGCUGCGAGGAGAAUUGGAGAAAGGGAGGGACCAGGAGUGCAAGAGAGGGGAGGCGUGGCAGAGCGGAAGGGAGAUGUGGAAGAGGAAAUGAGUGGCGUGGCAUCUGGAAUGGAAAGGCAAGGUCUGGCAACAGCAGCACCAGCAGCAACGGCAGCUUCGGCAUCGGCAUCACAGAGGGCGCGGUUCGACCUCAUUCCCAAGCGAGAGCAGUUCAACUUCGACAGAGGGCUCAGCCUGGCUGUGAUGGCCGUGCAGAAACUGCUCCGCAGCAACGGCCCUCCAGUCAUAGUGGGAAUUGGGGGACCCAGCGGUUCAGGCAAGACGAGCCUGGCAUGCAACCUCGCCCGCCUGCUCUCCUGCGACCUCCUCUCCCUCGACUCAUUCUUCAACGAUACAGCUGACGGCACCAACUACGAUGACGUGGCGGUCGUGGAUUGGCCGCUGCUGCGCCGCACGCUGCAGGACGUGCGGGAGGGGCGGAAUGCGGUCACCCCAGUGUUUGACUUUGGCACUAUGAGGAGGGUGGGGUACCGCCCUGUGCACAUGCAUGGGGAUGGGCAAGUGCUUGGGCGUGGAGUUGAUGUUUCAGCAGCAGCUGAAUCAUCUGCAGCAGCAGCGGCAGCAGGAGUAGAGGCAUCGUGGGAUGCGGCAGCAGGAGCAAGGGACGGCGGCAGCGGCGCCAGCAGCGGAGUGCUAGUGGUGGAGGGAACGCACACACUGCAUCCACUCCUGCAGCAUCGGCUCGACCUGCGCAUUGCUGUGGACGGGGGAGUGCACUCGCACCUGCCGUCACGCGUUCUCUCCGACCUGCAAGCAUGCAGCUUGCCACGACCAGCAGAGGAAGUGGAGGCAACACUCUUCCCGCUCUUCCGCACACAGAUUCAGCCCUUCCUCUCCACGGCGCAUCUGCGAGUGGUCAACAAAUUUGACCCCUUCCACGCCCGCGACGCCUCACAGUUUGUCCUCAAGAGCGACAAGAAGGUUACGGAGGAGGACAUUUUACGGGUGGUUGACCCCUCCACCCACCACCGGCGACAGCUGUGCUACACGGACGUCUUCUUUUACUUGCCUGGGCUGCACCCAGAGGGGCCUGUGAGGGAGUCCGAUUGGAUCCGCGUGCGCUGCUGCAACAACCGAUUCGCCGUGCUGAUUCGUGAGCCGUUAACAGAGGGUGACUUUGUGAUUCAGCCGCAAGUGGAGUUUGACAUCGGACUCUCCACAGUGGCAGGGCUUGUCAGGCUGGGGUACCAGGCAGGGCUGUUCAUGGAAGUCUCAGCCACGGUGUUCCAAGACGACCAGAUCUCAGUGGAGGUGGUGGGAAUCAAGGGUCUGAAUGGGCGGCGCUUUGUGCAAAUCAAGGGCAGCAGCCGGGACGCUGUAGCUGCUGCAGGGCGAGCCAUGAGGCUGGAAGGGACGUAUGUUACCAAGCCAUUCGUGGAGAUAAUCCACGACAGCAACCGAGUGUUCUUCUCAGAGUCUGUCAACGUCCAUCGCAGCCAGCAGGCCGCUCACCUGCACGCCUUGCUGCAACGCGUAUCCCCCCAGGCUGCUCCAUCGUUACUACCUACCACGACUGUCGCUGGCACCAGCAGCAGCAGCAGCAGAGAGCACAACAGAGCACUCGCAGCGUCCAUGCCACCAUCGUACCCUUCUGCUACAUCUGCUGCUACAGCCGGCACCAGUACACCCUCUUACGGCGUACUGCCAGCUAUGCACACUGUUGUUGCUGCCGCCGCUACAGCUGCUGCCGCUGCAGGAGCAGCUACAGCAGGUGCUGGUGCUACAGAUGGUGGUGCUAACAGUGCCAGCAUCAUUCCUGAAGUAUCUCUGCCAACUCAGCCUCCUGCACCGCCACCACCGUCAGCUGCUUCUGCCACGUCAGCAUUGCAACAGCCAGCUGCCACGUCAGCGUCGCCGUCAACCGCCAGCCUGGCGGCUCGGCUGCAGCUGAUGGACGCUCGACUGACGUCGCUGGAGCGAAUGCAAUUCCGCAACACCGUGAGUCUGCAUGCAGUGAGUCCCAACUACGCCCCCCCAUGA